AUGGUUAGACUUAAGCAAAGAUAUAUACUAUUUGAUAUCCUAUACCCUCCUGAGCCUAAUGGGGAAGAGUUUGAUACUUUUAGUGACUCUCCUCGUAGCGCUCUCCUUUCUUUAUAUCAAUCAUCAAGCACUCUGAUUAAUCCUAAAACAUUGACGCAGGUGAUACGGAAAAUUUUGCAAGACCACUACGGAGAUUUUGGAGCAGGUACGGCAGGAAUGCUGGUAUCUGUCAAAUACUUCAAUAAUAAGACUUCGACAGGGAUACUUCGGUGUUCGAGGCAAAGCUUUCACUUAGUCAUGGCAUCGCUAACGUUACUCAAUAGAAUUGGAAAAAGAGAAGUUAUUGUGCGAUGCCUUCAUGUUAGCGGUACAAUUAAGAAAUGUGAAGAGUUUUCCAUCAAGAGAAAUAAGAAUUUGAUGCUUGUGGUAAAGCAGGGUAAAAAAGACAAUAGUAAUGGGGUAAACCAGUUUAUAAAUAACUUUGGGCAGAACGAAGCCUUCGCAAUUGAAAACGAUGUCGAGGAUGGCAGUGACGAGUAA